CGCGUUACCGAAAGUAAAUGGAUUGACUAAAGCUUCUGCUACUCGUUAUUCAUCAGCAUACAUCCACUAAGCACAAGAGACAGCAGUACGACACGCUUUUAAGUUUUUUUCUUAGUCAUAAACUGCACAUGAUGCAGCACUUAGCUAAUUUAAAUAUUUAAUGUUAGCUAUAAAAGCGACAUGACACAUAGACGUGAUCAAACAGCCUUAAUAUUAAGUCGUGCUCUUUGAAUUGGUUUCAUUGAGUGUUUAAAACAUCUUGUACUGUAAGUUACACGUGCAGAUUCAAAGUAUAGCGUUUGGCAAAGUGUAAAUAUACUGUAAAUUUAUAAUGACAACACGGAAGAGAAAUAAACCAUCAUUACCUGAGUCAGAUUCUGAUGAGACUGAAUGUGAAGCUGCCAAGAGACUCGUGCAGUGUCGGUCUGACAUGAACACUGUGGGUCAUAAUGAUCAUCUUCUUCAUCAUCACCUCAGCCCUUAUUUCUCGAUGAGAGACUCUGUCAGACUGACGUACAGCUUCUUCAAUCAGCCCUGCGUCGAGCUGGCCAAGGAUUUUCUCGGCAAGGUGUUGGUGAGGAAACUAGCUGAUGGCACUGAGCUCAGAGGAAAGAUUGUGGAAACCGAAGCAUAUUUGGGUGGCGAAGAUAAGGCAUCCCACUCAGCAGGAGGAAAACGCACAGAGAGGAACACAGCAAUGUUCAUGAAACCUGGCACCAUCUAUGUCUAUCCCAUCUAUGGUAUCUACCUCUGCAUGAACGUCUCCAGCCAAGGGGAAGGGGCGGCUGUGCUUCUUCGCUCGCUGGAGCCUCUGAGUGGUCAGGAUGUCAUGAGGGGCCUGCGAGCAGCCAAACGCAAGCCUGGAGCCAAAAGCCUUAAGGACAGAGAGCUCUGCAAUGGCCCGUCCAAGUUAUGCCAAGCUCUGGAUAUACAGCGCUGCUUCGACCGCAGGGAUCUGGCAACCGAUGCCGAGGUGUGGCUGGAGAUGGACCCAGAAAAAGAGACCAUCGUUGGCGCUGGAGAAGUGGUGAUGGCGCCACGGAUUGGAGUUGAGUCUCAUGGAGAAUGGGCAACCAAACUGCUGCGCUUCUACCUGAGGGGACACCCGUGUGUGAGUGUGUUGAACAAAGAUGCAGAGCGGCGGAUGGACUCGCAAUCUGACACAGAUCGGACAGUUUGCUGACAGGUCAUCCUGGUGUUUGUUUGUUCUUAAGUUAAGCUUUUAACUCACUAUUGUGUCAAUCCAAACCCGUAAAACACAAAAUGAGAAGUUUAGAAGAAUGUCUAAGCUGCUCUUUUCUGUUUAAGUCUUUAAUAUUCAAUCAAAAUUUUGAGGUCUGUAUGUGUUUCCUUGGUUGAAAUCAGAAGGGUGUAAUAACAUUUAAUGAUAUAAAAAAAUUUUUUGGGAGAAACGAAAGUAUCAAAAAGUAAAUAAAAUAAUAAAUACAUGAAAUUAUUGUGUUUAAAACGCAAGCCUGGAGCCAAAAGCCUUAAGGACAGAAGGCUUUGCGUUGGCCCGUCGAAGUUAUGCCAAGCUCUGGAUAUACAGCACUGCUUCAACCGCAGGGAUCUGGCAACUGAUGCCGAGGUGUGGCUGGAGAUGGACCCAGAAAAAGAGACCAUCGUUGGCGCUGGAGAAGUGGUGAUGGCGCCACGGAUUGGAGUUGAGGCUCAUGGAGAAUGGGCAACCAAACCACUGCGCUUCUACCUGAAAGGACACCCGUGUGUGUGAGUGUGUUGAACAAAGAUGCAGAUGGACUCGCAAUCUGACACAGAUCGGACAGUUUGCUAAAAGGUCUUCCUGAUGUUUAUUUGUUCUUAAAUUAAGCUUUUAACUCACUAUUGUGUCAUUCCAAACCCGUAGAACACAAAAUCAGACGUUUAGAAGAA